AUAUAUAUAUAUAUCACCUUCUGCAUGCUAGAAGCUUGUAUCUUUGUUAAUAGAUGGGAGUGAUUUGCUUCUCUCUCAAUUGAAGAACAUUGUAGUUUGUUUUUGGUAUCCAAAAAUUAAAGAAACAAUUCCUCCACUUGAUUUGAAUUUUAGUGUGAAAAAAGGUUAAGUAAGUGGAUGCUAUGUAUAAGCACCUCUCCUUUAAUAAACGAUGUCUAGUUACUAGCUCUAUAUGUGCUGGCUACAGAACUUCUCUGUUUAUUCGAAUACACGUUACUGGUUUCAAUUAAAUAUGAAUUUCCUUUUAAUAUUGUGUUCAGAUAAAAAUUGGGAAUUUAGGUAAUAGGUUGUCAUUUGCAUGAGUGGUGUAUGUUUUCUAUUACCUUUCCUAAGUUUGCAGGAUCAAAAUGAUUUUGCUAAAGAUGUAACUUUCAGAGAGACAAGUAAGACAUUUCUUGCCUUUUCUUUUGAGUGUACUGUUUUCAGUGCUGAUACCCUUUUGAUGUCAUGUAUAUAGUUUUGAUUUCAUUUUUAGUAAGAUGACCUUGUGUUCAUUUGAUUUUGAUCUCCUUUUCUCUUAUUUUUAGACUUAGAUACAGAGGCAGUUCAGGAGAUUGCUGGUGUCUAUAAUGCGGUUUCUUUUACAUAUGGAAACCAACACACUGACCAAAAGAAUGCUGAUACCGAGUCUAGUUUUUGCCCCUCUUUCCCAGUUCCUGAACACUUGGUUCAAAACUUGAUGCUUGGAGCAGAGAUCGGCGUCCUUCAAGGUUGCCAUUCACAGGCACCUUGUCUUCUUUUGAUGUCUUGACAAGGGGCCAUGCAGGUGGGAUUAGGAUGGAAAAAAAAUGUUACUUUGACAGGAAUCUUAAUCUCUAGAGAGCAAUCGGAUGAUAGAUGUCUUCACUGAGCGCUGUUUUUUUAUAUUUAUAGUUAUCCUAAUACAUCAAGAAUCAGGAGUUUUUCUUGGGAGUAUUCAGCUAGAUGUCUAUUUUACUGGUAUUGUGCUAUGCUUAAAUUUCCCACCAUUGAGGAGGAUUUAUUUUUUGUCCAUUUUUCAGCCUCCAACAGAGAAGGUGCAUCAGAUCAUUGCAAGAACUGCCAUUUUUGUUAGCAAACAUGGUGGGCAAUCAGAAAUUGUUUUGAGGGUCAAACAGGGAGACAACCCAACUUUUGGGUUCUUGAUGCCUGAUCAUUAUCUUCAUCCAUACUUUAGGUUUCUUGUUGAUCAUGAAGAACUUUUGAAGUCUGUCAUUGAUAGAAAAGCUAUAGAAGAAGAAAACAGAGUGGAGAAUGUGCUUGACCAAGCAGGUGGUCCAGCUGGAGCAUUGUCAUUGCUAGGUUCUAUUUAUGGUUCUGGAGAGAAUGAAGAAGGUGCAACUGAGGAUGCCCGAGCUGUUUUAGAAAAGGACCCCAAGGAAGCUGUUAAUGCUGAUUCUGUGAUCAUCUCUCCUGGAUCAGAAGAAGGCGGUUCUUCUCUAAAUUUAGCUGGUAAAGGCAAGGCAAGUUCCAAGCAUCCAGUGGCUCCUGCAAAAGAAAAGGCUCAUUUGGUACGAAGAAAUCGUUCCAUCAGUGUAGUUCAGGCUGGAACCACAACUAGGGUGAGGAAAGAAGGUGAUUCCUUGGACAUGGUUUCCUCUACUGUGGAUAAGUUGCAGGCUUCUGAUUCAUCAAGCCUGUCCAAGGUGGAAACAUCAAUUUUGGAGCCUCCAUCUGAUUUGAAGAGGGUGGUUGAGAAGAUAGUUGAGUUCAUUUUGAGGAACGGGAAAGAAUUUGAGGCUGUUCUUGUCCAGCAGGAUACUAAGCAUGGAAGGUUCCCAUUCCUUCUGCCAUCUAACCAAUAUCAUCCCUUCUAUCUAAAUGCUCUUCAUAAAGCUCAGGAGUCAAGGUCAUCUGGCACUGGCUUCAUUUCUGAGAAGCUUGAUUCCUUGGUGCAUGGGAUGGGCAGGAAAACAGCACUUGAAAAAAGCGAUACCCUCUCAUCAUCUGAUAUACCAUAUGAUUGCAAUAGGAAAGAGAAGUUUAAAAUGGUCAUUGGAAAGUCAAAGAAGGAUGGACAAGACCCACCUUCAAAAGCCACCCCACCUCAAGUAGGUGUCAGUGUGGAUGCAGCUGCAGCUAUUCUUCAGGCUGCCACUAAAGGUGUCAAGAAUCCCCGUUUAGAAAUACUAUCAAAGACAUCAAUAAAUGGCAUCAUUCAAGGUCCUAAAACUGAAAGUGGGACACCCAGUGGCCCUAGCAGCUUGCUUUCCCAGGCUCAAAGUUCCAGCAAAAAGCUUGAUCAUGGUGAACCUGGGGCUUCUAUUCCUGUGGUGAGGGCUAUUGCGCAGACAGCUGCUAUUGCAGCAGCAAGUGAGGCUGAUUCUUCUGAAGCCAGCUUGACAAGAGAGCAGAAGUUGAAGGCUGAGAGACUGAAACGGGCAAAGAUGUUUGCAAGUAUGAUAAAAAAUGGAGGAGCUGCACCAUUAAGGAGUGAAUCAUCGCGUGGGUUAUCUGCAGAACCACCUGAAUCUGGGCUCUCUGCUUCAGGCACUCAACUUGUAAACCUCACAGGCUUUGAAAGGGAAGGCAGCUUAUGUCAGUUAGAUGUUAAUACUUCUGAUAAAGUUGAGAAGAAAGAAUCAGCUGGUGGCCAUAACGAGCGACGAUUGAAGAGAAAGUACCGCUCAAGAUCUAGAAGAGAAGAAGGAGAAGGGGAAGAAGGGGAAUUGGAAGAAAUCCGGGAUCAGAAACUUGUCAGGAAGAAACAAUCUCGUUAUAGCUCACAUCAGAGUAGCAAUAGACGCAAACAAAAAAGAGAAAAUACUUUGUCCAAGGACAAAGAUUAUCAGCAUGGGCAUAACCACAAUCAUACUUCAGAUAAUGAGCAUGAUCAUGCUCAAGGUAUCUAUACUGAUGGUGAGCAUAAACAGAAGCAUUAUAGUUCCUCUGAUUAUGAGAGUAGUCACCAUCAACAUGGGUGUAAGCGUAGUUCUCUUGAAUCUCAUCUUAGGCACUCUCAACACAGGCAUAAGCAUGAUUAUUCCUCUGAUGAUGAGCAUAGGCAUUCUCGGCAUGGGCAUGAACAUGAUACCUCUUCUGAUAACAAGCGCAAGCACUCUCGUCACAAGCGCAAGCACAGUAGUUUCUUAGAUGAUGAACAUAAGCACUCUCGACAUAGAAGCAACGGCGGCAGCUCUUCUAACGAACAUUUUCAGUAUGAGCAUAAGCAUUGUAGCUCCUCAGAUGAUGAGGAUCUGCAUCACAGAAAAUCUGUUAAGCAUGUGAAGAAAUCUCUCUUGGAAAGAGAAGCUGACUUGGAAGAAGGGGAGAUCCUUACAAAAUCAGAUCAAUCAAAAGCAAGUGGGGGUGGAGAUGGUGUUAGUAGGGAAGCUUCUGUGGAUUUAUCAAAAUCAUACAACGACGUAAGGUCCUCUUCUCGGCCAUCUGAAACUACUGAGGUUUCUGAUGACCUUAGGGCCAAAAUACGGGCCAUGUUGAUGGCAACCUUGUAAGUGGCCACAACAUGGAUCUGCAGGUUUUGUUUUUGUUUUGUUUUGUUUUUUAAUUGUAGAGUAUUUUGUAUUGUAUUUGAUUUUCAAUUUUUGUGGGUCGUGGAUCUAAUUGGGAAUAUAUUUUUGUACCUGGUUUUAUUAAGAUAUAGUUGUAUUUCCUUA